UUUUUCCUUUGACAGUUCCUCAUGCUGAAGGUUUGUUUGUUUGUUACCGUGUCACCCAAACGAUUUAGCUUCGCGUCUACAAAUUCUUCAAGUAUUUUCUAGCAUGUCCGAUAUACUUUUUUUUAAUUAUUAUUAUCAUUUUACAUAUUUUUUUUAUAUGUGAUAUUAGUGUGGAAGUUCUGGUGACUACAUCAAAGGAAUUAGGUAACAUCUGAGGCUCUUUGUGGGAGAUUCACCAUGUCUGGGUGAAUGGGAGGGUCUGCCUGCCUCCUUCCUAACCUCACCCGCUGAAGUUAAAGCAGAAAGGAGGCAGUCUCUCCAAGCGUGGACAGUCGACAGGUCGACGUCAUGCUGCUGCAGCCCAACAGGAGUCCUCUCCUGCUCACCGUCACCUGCAUGUGUUUCUCGGGAGCUUUGCUUUGGUCUUACCAGGAAGAGGAUGCCAGUGAGGGGGAAAAAUGCUCUGAGAAUAAUAUUUCAACUACAAAGUAUCCCUGCGUGAAGUCGACCGGAGAAGUUACGACAUGUUACAGGAGGAAAUGCUGCAAGGGCUUCAAGUUUGUAAUGGGCCAGUGCAUUCCUGAAGAUUAUGAUGUGUGUGCUGGCGCCCCCUGUGAGCAGCAGUGCACAGACCAUUUUGGCCGCGUAGUGUGUACUUGUUACUUGGGUUACCGUUAUGACCGUGAACGCCACAGAAACCGGGAGAAGCCCUACUGUCUGGACAUUGAUGAAUGUGCUGACAAAAACAUGAGCGCCUGCUCUCAGAUCUGCAUCAACACCGCGGGAAGCUUUAGGUGUGAGUGUGAGAAAGGCUAUUUCCUAGAAGACGAUGGGAAGACUUGCACCAAAGGGGAGAGAGCAGUUCAUCUCUUUGAGAAAUGUGAUAAUUUAAUGAAUGCUGGAACUUGCUCUGCCACAUGUGAAGACUUCCUCCAGAUCAAGAUGGCUGUGCUGCAGCUUAAGCAGAAGAUGGCCUUGCUGUCGAAUAGUGCUGACGUCCCUGUGCAGAUGAUGAAUGAGAAAAUUAUGACAUCACCUGUAUUUUUACCAGGACCUCCAGGUUCGCCAGGGCCUCCAGGUAAGAAUGAAUUUGUGUUCAAUGUCCAAAUGCAUCCAAAUACAUGUGGAAAGUACUUUGCAUUCAGAAAAAUCACUUGGAGCCAUGCAAGCAUGUCAGACUAAUCUGUUCUGCAAAUCCUAACAUAAAUGUCCAACUGAGAUAGUCUAUGACAUGAUUAUGUUAUAAACAGACCACUUGCUGAUCCAUUUAGUUUAGCAUUUUCCACAUUAAUACUGUAGCUCUUUAACAUCUAUAAAUCCCGCUCAAUUUGACUAGGUUUUUGUUGUAGGAUAGCAAUCCAUCAUAAAUUAUUUUAAAACAUUUUGGCAGCUGCACCUUGAAGGCGGUGCAGCCUUAAUUUUAUUAGGUGUCCAACUAACUUCAAUUAUAACUCUCCAAGCAAGAAGGCCCUACGUUUAAAUCCUGACCUGGGAUCUUUCUGCAUGGAGCUUGAAUCUUCUUCCCAUUUCAGUUUUCUCUGAGUACUCCAGUUUCUUCCCAAGGUCCAAACACAUGACUGUUAGGCCAGUUGUUUCUCUUAUGUGACGUUAAGAGUGAAUGUGUGGUUAUUUGCCAUUACUCUGCGAGGAUUAAUGUAGAAAAUGGAUGGUUGGAUGAAUGUCCUACUAGGUUUUUCUUCACAUUUACAUCCAUUACCAUGCUCUAACUCAUUCAGAAAAGUUGCAAAGAAGGACUCUGUUUUAAUUUAAUUAUGUCUGUUUAUUUGACUGACACAAUGGUGUCAGUCAAAUAAAGUGUACAAAAAACAGACAGAAUUAAAUUAUGAAUAUUUCUGUACCAGUCUGUUCUGACCUAGGAUCGCCAUGAGGUGAAAAUAAAGAGAAGCGAUGUUCUACAUUCAAAAUCAACAGAUGUCAAAUAUAACAGAGGAAAAUUAUUAGCUUAGCUUGUACAUGUUGGUUGUUUGCUUAAAAUAUUAGACAAGUUAGAUCCUUGGCUCGGUGGCAGCAAAAAUCAACCUUUUUAGGAAAGUGGUAGCAGAUGCUUUUUUCCCAGUGAUAAAUCACAAUUGCAUGCAGUGUGGGGUUCAGAUAAGGGUCAGGGAGCAUCCAA